AAACUAACGCUCGAGGCGACCGCACCGUUUCUCCGUCCCCGUCCGGGCCUCUGUCAUGGAGGGGGGCGGGGAGAGAGAGACGGACGUGGACGCGGAGAAGCAAAGAAGAACGAAGGGAGCGGCCGCUUCCUCUGCAGCAGCAGCGGCAGCAGCCCCCCCUCCUCCCCUCCCCUGCGACAAUCGAGAAGCACGGCCUUCCGAUUGGUGCUUCUACUCUCGGCGACUUCCGCUCGAGUCGGUCGAUGCAGUGAGUUGAUUUGCGAGCCGCAGAGCCUCGUCCUGCUGGAAGAUCGGCGGGGAAAUCGCGAGCGCAGGCAAAGAAGGAGAUCGGCGUUUCGAAUUUCGGACUGUGCAGUUGAGAGCGAGGGAGGCAGGGAGGCAGGGAGGCAGGGAAAGAAGCGAGCGUUUGGGGAUUCUGGUGGGCUCUGCAGUUGCGAGUUGGAGCAGGAGCGAGGCGAGAGCUUGAGUGCCGAGUGGAUGAUCAUCGGGCGGGAAGGGAGCGGCCGAGAUGGUGAUGGAGAAGAGAGAUAGGAGAGAUUCUGCAGUGUAUGGCCGGGAAUUGUGAGGGUGGGGGAAACAUCCGAGCGCAGAGGCGGCCAGAGGGCCGUAGGUGGAUGGGGCAAGCUGGCGACCGUGAGGGAAGCCGUGGUGGUUUGCUCCAGUGUCGAUGCGGGAGUGACAUUGUGGGAUGCGGCAUCGGGAGCACUGCUCUCACAUCUGAGAUCAUGCGCUGCACCUCGCAAUGCGCUCUGUCCUGUCGGUCCGCACUUCCUUGCGGCUUCCCAGUCUCUUAAGCCCUCGUCCUCUUCCGCUGGAGGUGCCAUAUUUUUUUGGGCCUGGAACAAGAAUCAAGUUGCCUGCAAGAGUUAUCCCGUCGAGCCCAUCGUGCCUUUAGCAUGCACGAGCGAGGGAUCGUAUCUGGCCGGAGGUGGUAUAUCAGGCCGAAUCUACCUAUGGGAGGUUGCAAGUGGAAAGCUGCUGAGGGUUUGGGCGGGCCACUACAAAGCUGUAAGCUGUCUGGUCUUCUCAGACGACGAUUCACUCCUGAUAUCAGGGGCAGACGAUGGCAUUGUUAACGUCUGGCCCCUUCUCCGAGUUCUUGAUGUGGCAGAAGAAGCGCAUGGCGAAUCACAGCUGACAUCCAUGUAUGGUUGGUCGGACCAUACACUUCCAGUCACAGGCUUGUUGGCCGGCUCAGGAGGCUCGAGUGCAAUUGUUGUCUCCUGUUCUCUCGACCAUACAUGCAAGAUCUGGAGUCUGGCGUUGGGUACACUAUUGCGAUCCAUAGUGUUCCCCACAGCCCUGAACACAGUCGUCCUUGAUCCAGGAGAGUAUGCUUUGUAUGCUGGGGGUACCGAUGGCAGGAUUUUCAUUACUGCCUUAAACUUUGGUGUUCCUACUACUUCAGGCAUACUUGCUGAUGGACUUCUGGGGACAGAUGCUGCCCUAAUCGGUCACAGUCGAGCAGUGACAGCGUUGGCAUUCAGUAUGGAUGGAGUGUCAUUGGUGUCUGGAUCUGAAGACUGCACCGCUCGGCUAUGGGACACGGUCAGCAGACAGGUCCUCAGAACAUUUACCCACAGUAAAGGUCCUAUAAGCAGCCUGCUGGUGUUACCUCGUCCGCCUAUGCUGCAACAUGGGUCUGUCGCGGACCACGCAGGCCGCCCUAUGAAUCGGCGCAUGCCCUUGCUACCAGUUGCUCCCCUGAGUAAGUACGUGAUCUCAGAUUCUGUCUCGCAGGACCCGAAUCCUUGGGAAGGACCUUUAGUAGUGCUGCCCUCGCUCUUUUCAAAUGAGCAGGAAGAUGCAGAUGGCUUUUCGUAUAGCUUUGCAGCUAUGGAGCGACAGAUCAAAGAGCUCGAGCAACGGGGCUCGACUGCGGCCAUGCAAAUGGAAUUGGAACGAUUGCGGUCCGAGUUGCGACGUGCAUUGAACAAUGGACAACAGUGGCAACAACUUCAUCAAGAGCUAUAUUGUUUUUGUGUGGAUGAGCUUAUGGGUGGAAACAAAGAGCGAGAGGAUGGUGAGGAGAAGGAGGGUGAGAAAGAAAAGGAGAAGGAGAAGGAAAGAGGUAAAGGAAGAGGAAAGGUUGCAGACAAGACUCGGGAAAAGUAGGUUCAUUAGGCUGUCUAGUACAAGACCACCAUUCUUCACCGAUCUAAGGUGGUAAACAUGAUAACAUAGAUGGAACUCGGGAUGCAGGCUUUAGGGAUGUGCCUUCAUUGGCCAACAUCGAGAAUACUCAAAUUUUUGUACGAAUUCGCUGCUACACUAAUUCAAUCAUGAGACCAAUGUCAUCCGGUACUCUGUCUCAGUACACCUUUGUCUGGCACUUUUUCCAAGAUAGCGCUUGCUUCGAGUAUUUGUCACUGUUAUCAACAUUCUCGGCUUCAUCGCCUUCACCAUCAUCGUGAUGCUUCAAGCUCCACAUGUGAAAACGAAAAACCGUCAAUUUGGUUCGGGCCCAGGUCACAGUCGUGUUGUUUGAAAGCUGUAUCAUAUUCUCAAAGAGAAGGAUUGAUUAACAGCUCGUGGACAGAAGAUAUCUGCGAGAAGAUAAAAAGCUUCAGCUCUAGCGCUAAAUCGUUUCAGACUGAGAUCCAGCACCCAGUUUCACA